GAAUUCUGGAAGGCGGAGUUUCAGUCAGCGGGACAACGCGGCAGCGGCUCUUCUAAGCGAAGCCGGGAGUCUUCGCCACCGUUGUCACCGCCAUGAGUCGCAGUUAUAACGAUGAGCUGCAGUUCUUGGAAAAGAUCAAUAAAAACUGCUGGAGAAUCAAGAAGGGCUUCGUGCCCAACAUGCAGGUUGAAGGAGUUUUCUACGUGAAUGAUGCUCUGGAAAAAUUAAUGUUUGAAGAAUUAAGGAAUGCAUGUCGAGGUGGUGGUGUUGGUGGCUUCCUGCCAGCCAUGAAACAAAUUGGCAAUGUGGCAGCCCUGCCUGGAAUUGUUCAUCGAUCCAUUGGGCUUCCUGAUGUCCAUUCAGGCUAUGGGUUUGCUAUUGGGAAUAUGGCAGCUUUUGAUAUGAAUGACCCUGAAGCAGUGGUAUCCCCAGGUGGUGUCGGAUUUGACAUCAACUGUGGUGUCCGCUUGCUAAGAACCAAUUUAGAUGAAAGUGAUGUCCAGCCUGUGAAGGAGCAACUUGCCCAAGCUAUGUUUGACCACAUUCCUGUUGGGGUGGGAUCAAAAGGUGUCAUCCCAAUGAAUGCCAAAGACUUGGAGGAGGCCUUGGAGAUGGGUGUGGACUGGUCCCUAAGGGAAGGUUAUGCGUGGGCUGAAGACAAGGAGCACUGUGAGGAGUAUGGAAGGAUGCUGCAAGCUGACCCCAACAAGGUCUCUGCCAGGGCCAAAAAACGAGGCCUUCCCCAGUUGGGGACCCUAGGAGCAGGCAACCAUUAUGCAGAAAUCCAGGUUGUGGAUGAGAUUUUCAAUGAAUACGCAGCUAAGAAAAUGGGCAUCGACCAUAAGGGACAGGUGUGUGUGAUGAUCCAUAGUGGAAGCAGAGGCUUGGGCCACCAAGUAGCCACAGACGCACUGGUGGCUAUGGAAAAAGCCAUGAAGAGAGACAAGAUUAUAGUCAAUGACCGUCAGUUGGCUUGUGCUCGAAUUGCUUCCCCAGAGGGUCAGGACUACCUGAAGGGAAUGGCAGCAGCUGGGAACUAUGCCUGGGUCAACCGCUCUUCCAUGACCUUCUUAACCCGCCAGGCUUUUGCCAAGGUCUUCAACACAACCCCUGAUGACUUGGACCUGCAUGUGAUCUAUGAUGUUUCUCACAAUAUUGCCAAAGUAGAACAGCACGUGGUGGACGGAAAGGAACGGACUCUUUUAGUACACAGGAAGGGGUCUACCCGUGCUUUCCCUCCUCACCAUCCCCUCAUUGCUGUUGAUUACCAACUCACUGGACAGCCAGUGCUCAUUGGUGGCACCAUGGGAACCUGUAGCUAUGUUCUUACUGGCACUGAGCAGGGCAUGACUGAGACCUUUGGAACAACCUGUCAUGGAGCGGGCCGUGCACUGUCCCGAGCAAAAUCAAGACGUAAUUUAGAUUUCCAGGAUGUCCUAGACAAAUUGGCAGAUAUGGGAAUUGCAAUCCGUGUUGCCUCACCCAAGUUGGUUAUGGAAGAGGCACCUGAGUCCUAUAAAAAUGUGACCGAUGUGGUGAACACCUGCCAUGAUGCUGGAAUCAGCAAGAAGACCAUUAAACUGAGACCAAUUGCUGUUAUCAAAGGAUAGAACCCUGAUUGCAGCCACCAGACACCACUGACCCGCACUGAAGUGGAAGUGGACUGAAUGCUCCUGAGACAUCAGAUUCAAGAGAUCUGACAGGUUCUAAGGUGUGCAUAUGUAGUUACCUGUUCCGAAAUGGCUAGCGGGGGAGGCUCCUGCUUUAGGAGCCAGUGUUGUUAAUGGGCCUUCUGGGAGGAGUCACGUUGCCCCCAUUUGAAAAGGGAUAUAUGUACUUCCUCCUUGAUUGUCCCACUGAUUUUUAGGAAAAUCUGUUGGGGGUGGGGAUAAGUCAGUAAACUGCCUUAGUCAUUUAAGCAUCAGAUUGAAGGUCUUUGCACCAAGCUCUGUUUCCAUCCUGAGAGGUGUCAGGAAAAAUGUUCUAUUAAAUGGAAAGAUUUUAGAAUGUU